UCUUCUUUCGACACCCGCCAACCGCUCGGGCUGCCACUUCCGCCGUGGCUCGGCGAGUGGGGGCGGAGGCGACUGGCUCGGCCUGUCGCUCACCGGCGGCGCAGCUGGGGGUCGGCACCUGGGGGAAGGUCCCCAGCAUCACCACCCCUUGUGGAGGCGAGCGGGCCGGCGCUGUGGCCGCGCGGAGCCAUCCCAGGAGAUUUACCAACAGCAUGAAUCAAGAAAAGUUAGCCAAACUUCAGGCUCAGGUCCGGAUAGGGGGCAAGGGUACAGCUCGCAGAAAGAAGAAGGUGGUACACAGAACAGCUACAGCUGAUGACAAAAAGCUUCAGAGUUCUCUGAAAAAGCUGGCAGUAAAUAAUAUAGCUGGUAUUGAAGAGGUGAACAUGAUUAAAGAUGAUGGGACAGUUAUUCAUUUCAACAAUCCCAAAGUCCAGGCUUCCCUCUCUGCUAACACCUUUGCAAUUACUGGUCAUGCAGAAGCCAAACCAAUCACAGAAAUGCUUCCUGGAAUAUUAAGUCAGCUUGGUGCCGACAGCUUAACAAGUCUUAGAAAAUUAGCUGAACAGUUCCCACGGCAAGUGUUGGAUAGCAAAGCACCAAAACCAGAAGACAUUGAUGAAGAAGAUGAUGAUGUUCCAGAUCUUGUAGAAAAUUUUGAUGAAGCGUCAAAGAAUGAAGCUAACUAAAAUCUUUUCUGGUGUUUGGAAGCUGGCAUGGACUAGAUUUAACAAAUCAGCUAUGUGGUUCCAAAGUGUUACCGACACAGAGAACAUCAUCUGUUACUAGUUCAGUAAUAUAAAUAUUUUGUAUAUUAAUAAUGCUGUUUGUUCAGCAUUUUUCGGUCAUUUGAUUUUGCAUUUUGCACUUCCUACCAGGAUCUAUUCUUUUGGUCAAAAUAUGAAGUAUUGGUACAGUUUGAGGGUGUUUGGGGUUUUGAUUCUUGGAUUUUUGUUGGGGGGGUUAAUUUUGGUGUAUGUAUGUAUAUGUAUGUUUGUGGGUGUGUGUAUACACAACGGAGAACAAAUUGAAAUACAGUUCUAUUUAUCCUCUUCCUCCAGUAGAAAUAAAACAAAUCUUUACAUUUGCUACCUUUUUCCCCCCAGUAAUACACAGAAUUAAUGAAAAAUGAGUCUUUGAUUUCAAAUCUGAAGAGAUUUUUACUGUUGGAGGUUUGGUUUUAAUUUGUUUGGUUAACUGCCAUAUUUUUCAUACAUUUCUCUGGGUUUAAGAUACCUUAAGGGGAAAAAAAAGAUAUUUUAAGGAGCAGGGCGUGGUGGCGCACACCUGUAAUCCCAGCACUUGGGAGGCCGAGGCAGGAGGAUUACCUCGAGUUCCAGGCCAACCUGGGCUGCAUAGUGAGUUCAAGGCCAUUAUGAACUACACAGUAAGACCCUGUCUCAGAAAACCAAAAAAAAUUUUUUAAAGAUGUCUUAAGAUAUUUUACUACUAGUCUCAUGCUGGAGUAAUGGGUCACUUAUCUUUGGUGUAGUUACCUUUGAUUCACUUACCUGGUCAGACCCAGAAUUUCUUUUACUCUGUUACUUCCUUUUUUUCUUUCCCAUUUUCCUUUACAGUGCUGGGGAUCAAGCCAAGGGCUUCACACAUACUAGGCAAUUGUUCUGCCACUGACCUAUAUCCCCUCCACCAUCUUUCUCCCUAAAUGCUUUCUUUCCCUCCUUUUGAUCUUUAAGUGGCCUGGUCAGCUUUUGGUAAUACUGUUCCUUAUCUUCCACCUAGCUUGAGAAAGAUGUUCUCCUUAGAGUUAAGGGACCUCUCUUUGUUGUAAGAUUAUGUUCCCUCAUCUUGAGGAACAACAGUUCAUCUUCAAGUUUUUAUUUCUGCUCGCUUUUACAGUUUGGUAGAUUUCAAACUGGAAUAGCUAGCAUGUGCUUGCUAAUACUUUUAUGCCAGCCUUACCCUGUAUCCUAACUGUUCUCAAUAGGUACAAGAAUGCUUCUUUCAGCAAGGUUAAAACUGGGAAUGUCCUUUUGAUUGGGAAGAAAAUAGGCCAUAGGCUCAUCCUCCAGCACAAAUGGGCAUUCUGUGAAAUGAUAACUGGCCCUAGAAGGAUUAUUUCAUUCCUACUCUUAGCCUUGAACCUACCUCUGGGUUGGAUUUUAUUAUGUAGCUGCUCACAGUAACCUCCUACAUGCUUAGAAUAAUGAUUUGUGGUGAGCACUGGUAAAGUACAGUAUUUAUUUUUUCACCUCCUUUCAGAGAACUUGGAGGUAAACUGCAUUCAUUCACUGAAGUUUCCCUGUUGCUAUCUGAUAGAAGCUUGGAUUUUGCAUAUCAGCUUAUAACCAAUAUUUUAGGAUAAGAUUUAGAAAAUCUGUCAUUUCCUGGCCCAUCACCAAACUACAGUUUAACCUUGCAGCAUAUCAAUUUUUUGUUUUUAAGCUAGAUAUCUUUUUUUGGUAUCUAAAGUGCAAGACCAACAAUUUAGCCAGGUGUGGUGGCACACACCUGUUAUCCCAGCACUCUGGGAGGCUGAGGCAGGAGAAUCGCCAUGCCAUGAGGCCAACCUACGCUACUUAGUGAGUUCAGGGACAGCGUGAACUACAUAGUGAGAGCCUAUCUCAAGGAAAAAAAAUUUUAUUGAGGGAUCUGUAGACAUGAAGGGAAAAAAACUUGUGUUUUUUCAUCCAAACACUUCAACCUAUUUUAUAAAUCUGAUUUCUGUUAUGUUUUAUAUAAUAUAUGGACUUAAAAUAACAGUAACAAAAUAACUACGAAAGAGAAA